AUACAAAGAUACCCUCCGCACAAAGAUACUCGCGAGUGCCACUCGAGGAAACAUCGAGGAUUAAACCGAUACAUAUCCAAAAAUAUAUAUCUUUGAAAACUCCAAACCAUAUCACUUAGUUUGUUGGCUAAUUGGUAGUGCAAAGAACGUCGAAAAAGACAUUUUUUGGCCAGCAACAUGUUUGAUUGUUGAUGCGCAUGCGCCUUAAAGUAUUCUAUGCUACGUGGGUGGACGACGUGUUAAAGGACAAAAACGCCAGUCAAAGGACAUUUAUCAGACGUUGACGUACAUGUUACUCAACAUUACUUUAUUGCCAACAAAAGUGCAGUGAAAGGUGAAAGAAAAGCGGUUGAAAUAAAGCGGAAAGUCGCCGAAGAAUAUAGAAAACAUAUCCCCAACGUACCUCUGUAACCCUACCGAAGUUUACAUAAUCCCUUCGACAUGUCCACCGCAUCAUCGAGCAACUCCAGCGGCGAGGAGCCCAACAAGAAGUCCGGCUCCAACAAUGAGGAGAGCUCCCACCUGCUGGAAUCCGCCGAAAAUGGAGCCAAAUACGGCUCCAGGCAAGCGGUCAAAAUCGUCAAGGCCAGCGACAAUGGACGCACCAACUCCACCCCACAUGAUCAGGAGAAUUUACUCGGCAACAUGGUGCACACGUCGACGUCGAACGAUUCCCGUAAGGUGACGCAAUAUGUGGCCGCAUUGGCAGCAGCUGGUGGCGCCCUGGCCUGCGGUACCGUCUUGGGCUGGACAUCCCCGGCCGAAACGGAGAUCGUGGAUCUCGGCAAAGGUUACAGUUUCCCCGUCGAUAAGGACCAGUUCUCGUGGGUGGGAUCGGCCAUGACCUUGGGUGCCGCCUGUGUGUGCAUUCCCAUUGGUUUCCUCAUCAACCUUAUUGGCCGGAAGUGGACCAUGUUGUUCCUGGUCCUGCCCUUCAUCCUCGGCUGGGCCAUGCUCAUCUGGGCGGCCAAUGUGGGUAUGCUCUACGCCUCCCGUUUUAUCCUGGGUAUUGCCGGCGGUGCCUUCUGUGUGACCGCUCCCAUGUACACGGGUGAGAUUGCCCAGAAGGAAAUUCGCGGUACGCUGGGCAGCUACUUCCAACUGAUGAUAACCAUUGGUAUCCUUUUCGUCUACGCCGUCGGAGCCGGCGUGGACAUCUUCUGGGUGAGCGUCAUCUGCGGGCUUCUGCCCCUCAUCUUCGGUGCCAUCUUCUUCUUCAUGCCGGAAUCGCCCACCUAUUUGGUUGCCAAAGAUCGGUCAGAGAACGCCAUCAAGUCCAUUCAAUGGCUGCGUGGCAAGGAGUACGACUACGAGCCAGAACUUGCGGAGCUGCGUGAAAACGAUCGGGAAACCAAGGCGAACAAGGUCAACGUGUGGGCUGCUCUGAACCGCCCCGUCACCCGCAAGGCUUUGGCCAUCAGCAUGGGUCUCAUGUUCUUCCAGCAGGUUUGCGGCAUCAACGCUGUUAUUUUCUACGCAUCGAGGAUCUUCAUGGAAGCCAAUACUGGCAUCGGAGCCCAGUGGGCAUCGAUCCUGAUCGGCAUUAUGCAGGUGGUGGCCACCUUCGUCUCCACCCUGGUGGUGGACAAGCUGGGCCGUCGCAUCCUGCUGCUGGCCUCCGGAAUCGCCAUGGCCCUGUCCACCACCGCCAUCGGAGUGUACUUCUAUCUGCAGAAGCAGGACAAGACCCAAGUGGAGAGCCUGGGCUGGCUCCCAGUGGCCAGCUUGUGCAUCUUCAUCAUCAUGUUCUCGAUGGGCUACGGACCGGUGCCGUGGCUGAUGAUGGGCGAGCUCUUCGCCACCGACAUCAAGGGAUUCGCUGGUUCGCUGGCCGGAACAUCCAACUGGCUGCUGGCCUUCGUGGUGACCAAGACGUUCGUGAACCUGAACAACAGCCUGGGCAUCGGCGGAACCUUCUGGCUCUUCGCCGGCCUGACGGUUCUGGGCGUGAUAUUCGUUUUCUUCGCUGUCCCGGAAACUAAGGGCAAGAGUCUCACCGAGAUCCAGCAGGAGCUGGCUGGCAACCGGCCGACUCCUCAAGCUAUUCCCGCGGAAAAGUAAUCGGGCGCGGGGAAAACCCGGGGGAGCCCUAAUCGCAGAUCGCAAACCGGAAGCCGAAUGACGGACCGGAAAUCACUGUUAACUUGCUGUUAAUUUACGUUCGAUUUAGGUUCGCGUUAAGUGCAAGUCCUUUUGCGUUUUCGAUGGAUGAAUUUGUUUAUAGAAUUUAAUAUUCGCAUAGAUUUUCGGUUAGGCAUAGCGAGAGAUUCAGAUUGUGAAGUUAAAGAUGAGGAAAAUUGCAGCAAACUAUAACUAAGAGCGAAGACUGAAGGUCAACUGCAGAAAAGCCGCGAGAAUUUUUUGCAGCCAUAGAAAAGACAACAGCAAUUUAAGAAAAAACAUAUAUACCUUUAUAUAUAUAUAUAUAUCAAUAUAAUGUAUGUAUGCGUAUUUAAUGUUAUUCUCUCAUCCAACGAAUUCUGUUUUACCAAAUUUUAAGGCAUAUUUGCAUUUGUUCGGAUUUUUAAAGUGUUUGCAAGCAUUUGUUCUAGAAUUCCUAAUCUAUUUGUACUAUAUGUGUGUCUAUGUAAAUGAUAAAUAUCAAUAGCUGUUUGUGUCUAAAUUUCAUGAAGCAUUCAGUCGAUUCACUUAGCAUAGCCCGAUUAUGUUGUAAGUCGCGUCUUUUGCCAAUAUAUUUAUUUACGCCAUGUUAGAAAGAGGGAGAUGUUUACAUUUUAUUUAAUAAAAACGAGAUAUACCAUUAUAUAUAAUAA